GGGAAAACACAUACAGAUGCAGUGUGUAAGUUCAAAAGGGCACAAAUCAGUCCACUUGCUUGCUCUCAAGUGUUUGUCACCAAAGAAAUUAUAGGCCUCCAUAUAAAAAAAAAAAAAAAAGAAGGGAAGAAAAAAGUAAGAACAACAACAAACAACGUUGUUCAAAUCCGAAGGAUUGUUAAAUUGAAUUUUGAAUUGAUGGCUGGUUUGCAAAGAUCUGCGGUUUCAUUCCGGCGGCAAGGUUCAUCUGGGCUAGUUUGGGACGACAAGCUAAUCCAAGCUGAAUUGAUGAAUCAAGCCGCCGCCGCCGCGGCGGCGAAUCAGAGGGAAGAAGACUCCGCCGGAGCCGGCGGCGAGGCCACUAAAAGCAAGUCUCAAGAUGAAAUUGUGCAAGCAGGAGGCGGGCAAGAUGUUAAAGAAGAGAUUUCCAAAGCUUCACCGAGACCCGCCGGAUCGAUGGAGAGAAGCCGAUCCACCGGAGGUGGAAGGGGAUAUCGCACCGGCAGGGUGUCUCCGGCAAUUGAACCGCCGUCUCCUAAGGUUUCAGCAUGUGGGUUCUGCAGUGCUUUCGGGAAACAGCAAGAUAAAUCUCGCCGCCGACCUCCCAAGCACGCCGGUAAGCGUACUAUGUGAUCGGAGAUCCCAAUGCUAUCCGGAAUUAAAGAAAGAUGUUAUCCCGGUGACCAUGUUGGAUAUUCCGGUAGGCGCAUAAAGUAUAUUCCUUUAUGGGUUUAGGUUGUUAUUAGUAGCUUGUAGUCUUCGACUCGUCGGUGGUCAGAUGUCGGAAAGUGUUCAUCACUGAGGUGUCAGAAUUUUGGAGUCAAAAGCUAAAAACACAGUCUUAUGUGUAUGUUUCUUUGUCAUUUUUUUUUCCUUUUAUUUUCUGGACCCGUUUUGAUGUUGGGGGAUAUGAUUUUGUUGCCUUUUUCUGGAUGUAAUUUGUGAAUAUUUUGGGAGGAGUAAUUUUUUAUUUCGCUCUUUAAUGUACAAAUUUACAAAGCAUAUCUGUCUGAAUUUAGAAUCUUUUGCUUUCCGUAAAAGAACUGUUUGUUUGUUCUAGCUAGAGUGAUAGUAUAUGGAAAUAUGGUCUGAAGCAAAAAGAAAAAGGCAACCUUGGGGCCUUAACCACUCUAGAUCUCCUAAAGAUUCGAUUUUAUGGUUCAGUUUGAAGAUGGACUUUGAAUGAAAUUCCCGCUGAGAAGCUAACCUUAACCAGCUCCAGGUGAAGUGGUUUAGCUCUGAAGAAAGUAGGAUGUACUUUUAGCACCAAUGAUUAUGGUGAUUUUUUUCCUGAUAGAGGGUUGCUGGAAAGUUGAUUCUAAUCAUUCCAUCACAAGAUAUACAAUAUCUUCCAGCCUGUUGCCGCAUAAAUUUUCACCUGAGGCAAUUUAGGGAUCAGUUUGCUGAUUUUCUGUUGAAUCCUUCAACCUGAUCAAAGACACUCUUUGGUAAAGCAUAUAGAGGAGUAUAGGAUUUUGCUGGUUGAACGUCCAAAGCUCAUCAGAAACUGAAAAACACAACACUUGUCAUCCCAUCUCUGCAUUAGGUGAGAAUGAUUAAUGUGUUGAAACUUUUGUCAAAUUUGUCCACAUGUUUUUACAAAUUGAUCAGGUAAGUAAACAGCAAAAAGACCCUGGCCAGACCUUGCUGAUUCAAGUAUUAAUUGCACGAACUCCGCAUUGAUGGGGUAGUUAGAUAAUCAGAGCUCAAGUAUCAUCAUCUGACAGCAUUUUCAGAAUACCUUUCGCUCAGAUGAGGUUAUCAUAAUUCAUUCAUGUACAAACAUACAAGUUUCUGAUAUGACACCAUAACGGCCGACUUUAUCUAGUUUAAGGUGACACUUCUCAAUUUCAGAUGCUUGUUAAAAUUGAUUUAGUUCCUACUGAAGAAUCUUUUGUUCUUUUUCCCUAAACGAAGUAUCAAAUUAUUUUUUUUAUCUUGCUAUCUCUUAGCUGCACGCA